GUGGCUUUCGGCGACUCAUAUACCUACGUUCAAGGGACCAAUGGAUACCCAAAGUACAGCUUCAUCGGCAGUUAUCUUCCUGGAGACUUCGCCUUCACGCCUGAACGUCUCUUGGAGAACCGCAUCUCGCAAAAUUACACCAGCCAAUCUGCCGGUGGUCCUAAUUGGAUAGAGUAUCUGACGGGCUGUGCCCUUGAAGACGGCUAUCACUCGCCGCUUGACUGCGAUGUCCAACUUUGGGACUUUGCCUUUGCGGGGGCUAAUAUUGCCGAGGCGCUCCUCCCUCUACAUCACCCUUACACUAUCCCUCUAGUCAACCAAACCCAACAGUUCCUCCAGUACGGAGACUCCGUUUUACGAGAACACGCCGGUUUAGAUCCUUCCAAUGCCGUCGUUGCUAUUUGGAUUGGCAUUAACGACAUCAUUGAUGCCCAGCUGUUAAAUAAAGCGUCGCCGGAAUUUUAUGCAGAAAGCAUUAAGACUAUGUUGGCACAGUCUGUUCUGCCUCUGGUAAAAGCUGGUUACAAAAACUUCCUCAUCCUAAACCUUCCUCCAUUGGAUAAAAGCCCACUGAACUGGGCGAGUUUAAAGGGGCAAUUGAACGACACCUUGAUCCAGACGUGGAACGGUGAACUUCAAGCACAGACUCGGAAAUUUGCCUCAAAACAUAAAGGAGUCAGAACAGGCGUCUUUGAUGCCAACAAACUGCUCAAGAAUGUCUUAGAUAAGCCAAGUUCUUACGGCAUUACUAACACUACAGACUACUGUUCGGCAAGCAAUCAAUGGCCUCAAGUGGUUGAAGACCCUACCCAGUUUGGAUGCGUUCCUGUAUCCGAGUAUUUCUGGUUUAAUAGCGGGCAUAUUGGAACAAGAGUUCACAAGGCUUUGGCGGAUGGGGUAGAAAAGUUCUUGUGUGAACGGUUUUAG